CUAAAGAUAUUUGGCAUGAUUUGUCAAAAAAAGAUAAUGUUAAAAUUCAGAAUAUUGAAGUAACUGAAACAAAUAAUGUAAUAUCUGAAAAAAGUAUGGACUCUGAAAGAAAAGUUGAUGAAACAAAUGAAAAUUCAGAUAACAAGAAGAAUGUGAGUCUUAAACGAAAAGAUUUAGAAAAUGAACAGAUUAUUGAAAUUAAAGAUAAUAAUUUUGAUGGAAAUAAUGGAUUAGAGAAAGACAUAACAAAUGAUGACACAUCAAACAUUCUAAACAUUCCAUUUAUUUUACAAAGAAAAAAGUCCUCUGAUAUAGAACAUUCUAAUAUUACACCAUGUAGUGUCUCACCGUCGAGUCUAAGUAUUCAAAAGAAAAUGUCCUAUUCAUCAAAAGGAUCAUUUGAUUCAAACAUUGUAAAAAAAGGAUCUGAAUUACCCUCAACUUCUAAAGAAGUAAUAAUAUCGGAACCUGAUGAUGAUGUUAGUUCAAUGUUUAAUGCAAUUAAAAAUAAGCUACCAACAGUUUAUUCUGUGUUCAUAAGAUUACCGGGUAAUUUGUUGCCAUUUAUGUUAGGAAUGUUUAUUUUAGUCGAAGCAUUAUCAUCGUUGGGCUGGAUUUCUAUAUUUGCAAAUGCAAUGUCAACUUUAACGCCCACAUAUCCAGUUGCUGUCAUCUCUAUUGCUUUUAUAUCAAUCAUUCUCUGUAACUUGUUAAACAAUUUGCCAAUGACUGUAUUACUAAGUAAAAUAUUGCAGGAUGAUAAUUUUGCAGCGGCUCCACAUGUAACACCAGCAAUAAGACAAGGAUGUAUAUACUCGCUAAUUAUCGGAAGUAAUAUAGGUGCUUGCCUUACAAUUGUAGGUGCUUUGGCUGGAUUAAUGUGGGAUAAAAUAUUAAAAGACAAAGGUGAAAAAAUUGGGUAUUGGCAAUUUGUGAAAUGGAACCUUGGAGUUUUACCAGUAAUUGCUGUUGGUGCUUUGGAAAUUCAUCGUACAAAGCCGAAAGUCAAAAGCCGUACCGAAAGUUCUACUGAAAAUCAGAAGCUUUAUCGAAGUAAGACUGAGGAUAUUAGCUAUGCCAUUCAAAAUGCUUAG